AUGACCAGUGGCAUUAACACCAUUCGUCACAUUGAGGGACACAAGCUUGUACAGAUGGGUACUGAUGCUCACUUGGAAUCCUGGAUCACUGACUACCUGACGGAGAGACCACAGUUCAGGACGAAUGCAGCAGCACGCCUGGUCUACAACCAACCCAGAAGGGCGCAUGUCAUCCCAUUGCUCAUCCAGCUACACUGGCUACCGCUGGCCGCCCGCAUCAAAUUCAAGACUCUAACGUUUGCCUACAAAGUAUUCUCUGGCUCUGCUCCCACCUAUUUGAAUGCCCUCUACAGUUACCUCAAAGAGUGGGAGAGUCAGUCCAUGGCUGGGAGUACCCCCGUCGGCCACAUACAACUUUCGGCUGCUACCAACUUCAAAGGGACCUCCUUCAUCCAACUGGAAAAGGUCAUCAGCGACAUGGACACUUUCUACCUCCAAGGUUUCCUCAGAUGCUGUCCCACUUUCAAGAUCCUUGCUCUUUUGAAAUGGAGUAUGGAGAAUUCAUAUGAGGCAGAAGUUCAGCAGAAGCUGGUGGGUGGUGGUGGAGCCACAGUAGUCCCACCCAAAAGUCAGCCUGCAGAGAGAGAACAGUGGUCCAGCAAAAUGGAAUUCUUCCUGGCUGCGGCUGGACACGUAGUUGGUCUUGGGAAUGUGUGGAGGUUUCCUUACCUGUGCUACAAGAAUGGGGGAGGUGCUUUCUUCAUACCAUAUAUAGUGUUCCUUUUUACCUGUGGAAUGCCUCUCUUUUUCCUGGAGACUUCGUUGGGGCAGUACACCAGCCAGGGGGGCAUUACCUGUUGGAAGAAAAUCUGCCCACUUUUUGAAGGAUUGGGCUAUGGAAGUCAGGUGGUUGUUUUAUACACUGGAAUCUAUUACAUCAUCAUUCUGGCCUGGGCAUUCCUCUAUCUAUUUUUUUCCUUCAGUUCUGAGCUGCCCUGGGCAAACUGUCAAAACCCCUGGAACACAGAGAAUUGCUUUGAGUAUGACCAGACCAAUCUGACUGAGGAUAUCACUGUGAAAACAACAUCAUCUGUUGUAGAAUUUUGGGAGAGGAGGAUUCUGGGACUGUCUAGUGGAAUUGAGGAGCUGGGUUCUGUGAGAUGGGACUUGGCCCUGUGUCUUCUCCUAGCUUGGGUCAUCUGCUAUUUCUGUGUCUGGAAAGGAGUGAAGACCACAGGCAAGGUGGUGUACCUCACAGCUACCUUCCCCUACGUCAUGCUAGUGGUGCUGCUGGUCCGGGGGCUCACACUGCCCGGGGCAGCGGAUGGCAUCAAGUUCUACCUCUACCCUGAUCCAGCACGCCUGGCUGACCCUCAGGUGUGGAUGGACGCUGGGAGCCAGGUCUUUUACUCCUAUGGAGUUUGCACUGGUGUCUUAACAGCUCUUGGGAGCUACAACAAAUAUGAUAACAACUGUUACAAAGACUGUAUUUACUUGUGCCUGUUGAACAGUCUGACCAGUUUUGUGGCCGGUUUUGCCAUAUUCUCAGUAUUAGGCUUCAUGGCCAAGGAGCAAGAGCUGGAUAUCUCUAUGUGUUUCCUCGUUGCCAUGACAGGCCCUGGGUUGGCAUUUAUAGCAUAUCCACGCGCAGUGGCUUUAAUGCCUCUUCCCCAACUAUGGGCCAUUUUCUUCUUCAUCAUGAUUGUGUUCCUUGGGUUGGAUAGUGAGUUUGUUUGCCAUGAAGCUUUGGUGACCGCUAUCAGCGACAUGUAUCCAUCCUUCUUCCAAGAGCCAUAUAAACGUAAGGUCCUCCUCCUCAUCAUCAGCAUAGCGAGCUUCCUGAUUGGCCUGGUAAUGGUGACAGAGGGUGGCCUGUAUGUUUUCCAACUGUUUGAUUACUAUGCUUGCAGUGGCAUGACUCUGCUGACUUUUGCCAUUUUGCAGUCCAUUUGCAUCGGAUGGGUGUACGGUGCAGGUCAUCAGUAUGACAACAUUGAAGACAUGAUAGGCUACCGGCCUUGGCCUGUGAUGCAAUACUGUUGGCAAUAUGUAACACCAAUUGUGUGCACAGCUACUUUUAUCUUCUUCAUUGCCAAGCAUACCCCGCUGCAGUUUAACAACUCAUAUGAGUAUCCGUGGUGGGGGUAUGCUAUUGGUGGAUUCUUCACCCUGUCCUCUACUCUGGUGGUGCCUUUGUGGAUGGUGUAUGCCAUCUGUACCACCCCAGGAACCAUGCAUGAGAGACUACGAACGCUGUGCACCCCUGCAAAGGACCUCCUGCCCAGAGGCCAGUCCCAACAAAAGGAGCUCCAGUUGGUCACUUUUGAGACAUUCACCAUGUUACAAACACUGCGUACGAGUAGCACCCACUCAGACUCUGUUUUCCUUAAAGGACCAGUAUAAUUGC